AAGUCCAUGGGGGAGAAGCAACUUCACCUUUUUUUCCCUCUGUUGCCAUGGACAAUCAAGAUAUCAGGGCAUGACGUCUUUUUGCAUGCGCUUAACUCAAGGCUCUGUUUCUGUAGGAAUUAUGCGACACAGUUCUCAUUAGAUGGUUCUGGUAUUCCUAAUGAGAUGCCGUUUUGUGUCACGCGACGCCUCCAAGGGCAAUUCAGAGGUGAUUUUCGACUCUCCUGUCUGCUGACUAUGACGUGCUGCGGAACAGCGAAAUGUCUGACCCAAAAGUUAACACAGUUUCCAUCCAUCCGCACGGAGGACCAUGGGGGUGGCGAGAAACAAGGGCAGCGGCGCAAAGUGAAGCUCCAUCUUGCCGCCAAAGUAUUAUGUACAGUAAUGCACGGACAACAACUGUUUGAUAGCGAUAACUUUAUUCUGCAUACAACACGCACCAACAUCAUGACAUUUGUCACCUUAGGACACUUGUCGCACUAUGGCAUUCAGCUGUACUAUGCUACAAGCGUGUGGAAAUAUUUUCCCAAAAACGAGACCCGGAGCACGGUUACUUGCAAAAUAUGCGAAUGUAUCCCCAAAUACAAUAAAAGCAAGACGGUGUGCUCUGGAACACGAGAUGAGACCGGCUCAAUGAAGAGAAAGGUGUCGAGGACUCCCACUAAUUACAACAACUACAUUUCGCGUCAUGGUGUGUUGUAUUUUUAAUAAUAAUUAUUAUUAUUUUUUUCUUUCUA